AAUUAUACUUCACUUAGAUUGAAAUAUUUGUUGCUUGAAGUGAAUGAAGUUGCGCAGAGCGAACAAAUGAAUGGACCGCAUAAAUGACGUUUAAUGUGCUGUUGGACGCUUAUUCUUAUAAAUAAGAUGAUGCAUGUUAACAUGCUUUAGUGUCGACUGAAAUACUGAUCCUAAUAUAGAUUACUUUAAUUAACUACGUUUCAUUUUAUUAUUUCUGUUAUUAAAAUUUGGCCUUUCUAACUUAAUAUUUAUUUAAAUAGAAAUUUUAGUUGCUUUUUCCUUACCAUUGAAUUAGAAAAUUUGGUUUCUACAUAGAUAUACAUGAGCUGCACCUUGUAUUAUAAUAAUUAAUAAAUAACAUAGUUACAAUUAAAAACAGUUAUCAGUGCUUUUUUAAUUCUGAAAUUACUUAUCUGAGUUAUUAUGAUGUACUAUUUACUUAAUAUUUUGUUUACUCUGACUCGCAACUUAUUGAGUGUUACUUCGCCUUAAUAAGUUCUAAUUUACGUCAUCGUUCUUCGAUAAGGACUUAUUUAGUAAUUUAGUACUUGCAUCAUUUAGUUAUUUAACAUUUUCAAGUGAGGUUAUUUAAUUUAAUUAGCUGAGGUUUACAUAGUAUAAGAACAGUUCAUUUUGUGUGAUUACCACAGUAACAUCCAUCUCUUUACGAUUUACAAUGGCUAUGAGGAUUCCCGAUAAAAUCGAUAUUGAAAAUUUUACUAUCGAAAACAAUAUUCUAAAAGGAAUUAAUGUUGAGUUUAAUGAAAAUAUCUGCUUUGGUGAAGCUAUUCUAAAUUGUUUAGAUUCUAAUCCACAUCAUGUCGCACAGAUAGAAGCAGAUACUGAUAACAAGACUACCUUUGCUGAAAUGAAAGAUCGUAGCGUAAGAUGUGCUCUAUGGAUGAGAGAAUACGGAGUGAAGCCUGGAGAUAUUGUAAUAGUCUGUUCUGACAAUCAUUUGAAUACGUACAUACCUGUUUUAGCUACUUUUUACGUUGGAGCUAUCUUAAAUGGAUGGGAUCAUAAUAUUUUAUUGACCACGGCAAGAUAUUUUAUUAAAUUCUUUGAGCCAAAAUUAAUAUUUGUUUGUGAAUCUGCUGCACAGACUCUAUAUGAAGCGAAAAGAUUGGAAAACGUUAAUACAGAGAUAAUUGUUUUCGGAAAAUAUUCUAACCUUAAAUCAUUAGAUGACAUAUUGCAAGUUGAAUCUGAAGAAAAAAUUCGAAUGUUCCACCCGUUACAACUAGCCAAUCUGGAUGAAACUGCUAUAAUUCUAUUAACGUCUGGAAGCACUGGUGCGCCGAAAGCCGUCGAGCAUUCUUAUAAAAAUUUUCCAAAAUUGAUACAAACAUUCUAUAUACAUCCGCUCAAAGGAAUAAGUCUAUGCAUGGCGUCAGUUUAUUGGUUGACUGGUGUUAUGCAUUUAUUUGUAUCCACUUUUACAUAUGGAACGAGAAUUAUAUUCAGCAAUCCGGAUAUGGACGAGAGAUGCAAGGUCAUUCAAAAAUAUAAGAUUGAACGAAUAUUCUUGUCACCCGUCUCGAUUAAUUAUUUCUGUAAAGGCGAUCUUUUUAAAAAUUAUGAUCUCCAAUCUUUAGAGCUUAUAGUUACUGGUGGUGUCAGGGUAAGCCCACAAUUAUUAGAGGAAUUUAAACGCAAAGUGCCAAACGCUUUAACAAUUAUGAAUUAUGGCCUAACAGAAACUGGGCGUAUGGUCACGUCUCAAACGGAAACCACAAAAAAUAUUGGUUCCGUUGGUGUUGUUGCAUCAAAUACUCAAAUAAAAAUAAUAGACAUAGAUAAUGGUAACUGUCUUGGAGUAAAUCAAGAAGGAGAAAUUUGUGUAAAGCAGCCUACUCUUAUGGUUGGUUAUUACAAAAAUCCUAAAGAGACCAAAAAAAUGAUUGACGAAGACGGUUGGCUUCAUACUGGCGACAAAGGUUAUUUUGACGAAAAUGGCGAGAUAACAAUAACUGAUCGAAUGAAAGAUGUGAUAAAAUAUCGUAAUUACCAAAUAUCGCCAGGAGAACUGGAAGAAGUUUUGUUAUCUCAUCCUGCAGUGAUUGAAGUUGCUGUAGUGCCUAUUCCGCAUGAGAUUGAUAAUGAGCGACCAAUUGCUUUUGUAAAAGCACAAACUGAUAUAUCUGAAAAUGAACUUGUAACGAUGACGUUAGUUCUCGGAGAGAAUAAUAAGUUGAGUGGAGGUGUAAAGUUUCUCAAAGAAUUACCUCUAACGCCAAGUGGAAAGAUUGAUAGACGAUUAUUAAAAGAGAUGGCUAAAGCUUUAUAGAAGGUACAAUGAUUUUCAAGUAUUUCUAGCGGUAUUCAAUCACAAUGAGAAUCUAUUUGGAUAAAAUCUGAAUAAUGUCAUAGAAAGGCCAAUUUUUCGGCUUUAAAAAAAAAUUAAUGUAGAUAUACGUAAA